UUUUUAUUGUACAAAAUGCGAACUAGGACGGAGAAUUUUUGUUUAGCACACAAACUCAAAAUUUAAUAUGCAUUUGCGCCACCAUUUUGGAAGGAAAGCCAUGGCGGUGCUACGCUUAUGUCCGCAACUGGGAGCUCUUCGUCACCGGUUCGUGGAAUGUGACAGUGAGGAGCUGAAGUCCGGACACUCCUCUGGCACCAUGGCCGACGUGGCACGGGAAAUCCGAGAGCACAUCGGGCUGAAGGGGGGCUAUCACAUCAUCCCUAAGAGCAGGGAGGGGCUGCUCAAGUUCCAGCCGAAGCCAAACGAGUUACCGGAACGCACCAUGGUGGACUCUCAAACAUGCGCCCACAUUCACUUUGAAUCCGAUGCUCUGAUGCGAGAACGCUUUGUCUAUGGAAACUGUCUUUUGCGCAUGGGCAGGAUGAUGGAGGAACUGGACCUUAUGGCUGUGUGGAUUUGUCAUCGUCAUCUCCUCCUCCCAAAUCUUCCAAAAGGUGUUCCACUGCCGUAUACUUUCGUCACCGUUUCGGUGGACCAAGCCCAUUUCCUCGUAAAGAAGUUCAGGACGGAUGCAGAUGUGUCCCUGUCUGGUUUCGUUUCAUGGACGGGUGAUUGCGUCAUGGAGGUCAUAGCAUAUGUGCGUCAAAAUGGAAUGUUGCUGGCAAAGGCAAUUUUUAUAAUAGCCUCUCGCAAUGCUACCAACUCUAGCCCGGCACCAAUAAAUCCUCUGAAGCCGGCCAAUGAGGUGGAAGACUGCUUCUACCAGGAAGCUCUGGAGCGGAGAAAGCGAAGGGCGAGUAUGCCUUCCAGUUUGGCGUUUAAGCGACAGCCCACGAAGGAGGAGGAGCAGAUCAUGUACGAUGUGUUCACCCGGACCAAAGGCAUCGAGGGUGCUACACCCACUGACAUGACCACUCUGCCGCCGGAUUGCCGUUGGAUGAGCAAAUGGCACCGCUCAACCUUCCUGCAUCCGUUUCCGGAGCACCGUAACGAAUCGAACACCAUUUUCGGGGGCUUCAUCAUGCGCAAUGCCAUCGAGAUAAGCUAUAUGACUGCAUGCCUCUACUCUAACAACUAUCCUGUCAUCCGGUACAUAUGCGAUCUUACGUUUAUUAAGGCUGUUCCCGUGGACAGCUACAUUAAGCUGACAGCUUACGUGGUUUACACCCACGAAAAUUAUAUUCAGCUUUUGACUGUGGUGGACGCUGUAUGUGCAAAAUGCUUUGAGGAGUCGAAAUGCUAUACGCUGCAGCUAACUUAUUCGUGCAACACAAAGGUUCCAGAGAUCCUGCCCAUCAGCUACAGCGAAGCGUUAAUGUAUUUAAUGGGUCGUCGCUACUUUCAUCGCUUCCUCGAUGCAGAAGAUCGAGAAAUGGAGGGCAGUAAAUAAGGCUGGGAAACGAGUUUAUUAAUAGAAUUAUCAGUUGAGUUUAAUAAUAUAAAAACGGGGUAACAUCCUUUCUUACUUUGUCCUCCGAUUCGAUCAAAUAAAUUCCCAAUUUUACAGA